AUGGGAGAUUGUCAAGAAAAUACUUCUAGACUUCUCAUCAAAUCACCUGAAACACCAGGAGCAGAUAAGUCAAAAGAAGCCACAAACCUGAAGACACUCAAAGCCAAAGAUACAGUUGCACUUCAAAUCAUUCAAUAUGUCAUAGCUGACACCAUCUUUGACAAAAUCCUCUCUGCAACAACCACAAAAGAGGCUUGUGAUCUUUUGGAGCAUUCCUAUCAAGGUAAUGAAAAUGUGAAAAUGGUUAGACUACAAUCCUUAAGAAGAGAGUUUGAGAACUUGAAAAUGAAAGAAGGAGAAAAAGUUAAAGCCUAUUCUGAUAGAAUACAAUCUGUAGCUAACCAAAUGAGGGCACUAGGUAGAGAUAGAUCAAAUUUUGACUUGGUGGUUAAAAUGCUAGCAUUUAUGCCUACGAGUUAUGCAGGUCUAGCCUCUCUAAUGGAAGAAAUUAAAGAUCUUAACUCAGUUACCUAUGCGGAGCUGAUAGGAUCUCUGGAAGCCCAUGCGAAAAAGUAUUUCCCAGAUGAAGAUGAAGAAAAUGCUGAAGGAUCUUUCCAUGCUAGGUUCAAAAACCAGAAAAUGGAAACACUGAUAGAGGCAACACAAGUAAGUCAAACUACAAAGAAAAGAAGUGGUCUGGAUUUUGUAAACGAGAUACACACAAUGAAGAAGUGUGUUACUUCAAGAAUGCAAGAGGCAGAGCUGAGUUCAACAGAAGCAGAGAUACAAGAAGCUGCUUCACCUGCGGCAAACAAGGUCACAUAUCAAAAGAUUGCAGACAGAGAAGAUCUGAACAAGCACAAGCAACUCAAGAAGAAGAAGAAUUCCAUAUGUUCUCCGCAGGAUAAGAAGAUGGAAAACUCUUCGAAGAAAAGACCUGGCUCAUUGACAGUGGUUACACCCAACCACAUGACUCCGAAUGAGAAGCUAUUCAAUAGACUUGAUACAAGCUUCAAAGUUCCAAUUCGAGUUGGUGAUGGAACUGCACUAAGAACCAAAGGAAAAGGAGACAUUGUCUCACAAAUGAUUGCAAAUGGGUACACAGUUACCUUUAAGCACAGAAGCUGCAUCAUUCUUGACCAAGCUGAAAAGAAGAUUGCUGAAGUUGAAAUGGCCAAGAAAAGUUUUCAUCUUCACAUGCCCUUUAGCGAAGGAGUGGCAAAGGUGGUCUCAAAGGAAGAAGCUGAAUCAAGUCACCACAGAGCUGGAUAUGCUGAAAACUCAUCUGAGACAUUUCAAAAGAAAGCAUUGGUGGUUAAGGGAAAAAAUCAGAGGAGCACAAAGAUUGAAACUGAAGUGAAGAAAACCAAUGAAGUUACUGUAGGGAUCAAUCUGAACAAGAAAAUGAUCAAGGAUGACUCAUUUCAACAAAGAGAAACCUGA